GUCAAUAAUGUAUAGAGGACUGUACCAGAAAUCUGUCACCGUGUAUGGUGUUAGGGAGGGUCAUCACAUUUCCCGUGUGUCUACAAACCGGGUCUGGAUCAAUGAUAGUUAUGGCAAUCUUAUACUGACAAACACAAAAGGUGAAGAACUAGAUGGCGUGACAGUUAUAGGUAGUGAUGUAUGGGGAGGACACACUGUGGACACUUAUGGUGAUCUAAUUUUUAUAGACGGGGAAUUAAACAUCAAUAAACUGUCUACAGAAAACAAAGAAAAGACUACGAUAAUAAAGUACAACACAUCACCAUGGAGACCAGAGUGUGUCUACAGCUCCCCCUCCACUGGAGACCUGCUGGUCGGGAUGUCUUACUAUACUAAUAAUACAUAUACAGGCAAGGUAGUGCAGAACUCCACAGGAGAAAACAUCCAGACCAUACAGCACCACAACACAGGUCAGGGACUGUAUGGAUAUCCUUUCUACAUCACAGAGAACCGCAAUGGAGAUGUUAUUGUGUCUGACUCGUCGCGUUAUGCUGUAGUGGUGACAGAUCGUGACGGUAAUUACCGAUUCUCCUACACAGGUCCUCCAUCAGGAUCAGGACUAUAUCCAUGUGGAAUCUGUACUGACGCGCUGUCACACAUCCUGCUGUGUGAUUGGAGAACCCGGUCAGUACAGAUGUUAGAUAGUGACGGUCACUAUCUGACAGAGAUAAAGACACCACAACACGGGAUAGACAGUCCACGGGGCCUGAGUUAUGAUGAUAAAACUCACCUACUGUGGGUAGGGGCACAGGGCAACAACAACACAGUCAACCUAUACAGAGUGGUAGAUACAGACUCUCUGACUGGAGUCCCUCUGGAGAAGAUCAAAUGUAGAAAACAUCCCAGAAUUCCCCUGGACCAGUUCUGUACCCCGUGUGGUGUUCCCUUGUGUGUGGAGUGUAACAGCACUGAGGAUCACAGCAGACAUCAACUUACAGAUAUAGAGGCAUUGUUUGACAACAUUCACAGGAUAGAGGAUGGAGAUACACUAUUGAUGUGCCUUCUUAUUUCCAAUUUCUACAAAAUAAACAUGAAAGAAGGAAACUGGAUGACUAAAUAUAAUGCUGUUGCCAACAUUUUUAAUUCCAAGGAAGUCACAAAGCCUUUUGCUCCUACAGAUUUAGAAAAAUACAAACCAAUUCUAAAACUCAAUGAAUCAGAGAUCAGUUUUUCCACUGAGCUCUUCAAGUACAUUAGUUUUCUGAAAUUCUCAAAGCGUUCUGGAUUGAACUUUACUGAUAUUUUCUUGACUUGGGCAGACAAAGAAAACAUUGCUGAGUUCUAUAGAUCAUGGAAUUAUCAGAGGGGAGAGGAUGAAGUUUGCUGUUGGUUACUGCCAGAGAAAAAUGAAGAGUUUUUAAAAAGACUUGGACAAGAUAUUUUCAUGCACCCAACAAUGGUGGACCAGUCAUUCCAUGAAGCUGUAUUCAGAAAAUUCGGUGUACCUAUUCAGAUAAUAAUGAGGGGAGACAAAUCUGUAAAAAAUUUCAUCGAAAAUCUGAAGAAAGGAAAGACCAUGAUGUACCACGCCUCUGGGAUGAUAAUCGGAUGUGCUGGUAGUGGUAAAACAACAUUACUACAGAGACUGAAGGGCAUCGAUCUGAAAGAAAUAAAGGAAAAUACCAACUCAACCAGAGGAGUGGAUAUCCACACAGAUGUCUUUGAAGUUACAGAUAGCCUCCAUGUUAAUUUUUCAAGUCAACAAAAACACUUCAAACUUAGACUUGAUAAAAAAGAUCUGAAACAGAGCGUUUCUGAACAUAAAUCAGAGAAUGCAGCUGAUUAUGGGAUAACGCAGGAAAAGGUGGAACGAGUUGAUGAAGAGGGCAAUACGAUUGAAGCAUCAAACAGAAGCCAGAUAUCACAUGUAGAUACCAAUGUUAGCAUGACUCAAACUGCCUCAUCUAAUGAACAACGCGGGGCAAAGUCAUCAAAUGUAGCAGAAGUUGUGAGGGAAAGCAAAGAUAUUCCUCAUAGUUCAGAAAUUUCUGGAAAUUUGCAAAUUGGUGCAGAAGACAUUUCAGAAGAUCGAGAUAAAAAAAUAACCAUGACUGACUUUGCAGGACAGUGUUCAUAUUAUGCCUCACACCAGAUUUUUCUGAGUCCCCGGGCAUUCUUCAUUCUGGUGCUGAAUAUGGAGAAGAAGUUUGAUGAUAAGGUUGGAGAAGAAGUGUGUUGUCAGGAAGGCUCCAUUUACGGGGGAUGGACAAACAGAGAUUAUCUUGAAUUCUGGAUGAAGUCAGUUCAUCAGUACAGCAGUGAGAAAGCCCCCGUUAUCCUGGUUGGUACCCACAGUGAGGGGAAAACAGAAAAAGAGAAAACAUUGUUUUUCCGAGAAGUAUGGAAAACUUUAGAAAUGCAUAAAUCUCUGAAAGAACAUCUCAAUGUAAAGCGGCAAUUUGUGAUUGGAUUCAACGACAACGAAGGCAUCGAGAGUAUCAAGAAAUCAAUCCUUGAUGUUGUAGGUAAACUUGAUCACUGGGGUGAAGAGCUUCCUCGCUCAUGGGCUAUGUUUGAAACAUUCUUUCAGGAGAAGAAAAAACUCAAGAUUUUAAAGAUAGACGCACUCAUUGCUUUCAAUGAAGCAUUGCCAGAGGGGAUAAAGCUCCAAAAAAUAGAUGAUAUCAAUGUUAUGCUGCAGUUCUUCCAUGACAUCAGAGAAAUUUUAUACUUUGUUCAAGAAUAUCUCCAAGAGAAAUUAUUCUUGAUGUUCAGUGGUUUGCAGAUGCAUUCAAAAAUGUAAUUACUGACGAAAAUCACGCAGAGGAGGAUCUGAUCGAGUGUGCAGUAGAGUUUGCCAAAUUCAAUGAAACUGGAGAAUUAGAUGAUAAUCUGCUUUGUGCUAUAUGGGAAAUGUACAACAAUGGUUACAUUGAACAUAAAAAGGAGGUCAUGCUGUACAUGGAGAAGUUAGGACUCUUAGCUAAAAUGAGUGACAAUAAGUGGUAUGUCCCCUGUAUGAACAAAAUACCAUUUCCUUUGAAAUACUCAUCAUACCCUGCCUCCUCCAUCCUCUGCUACAUAUUUGAUGUUCUUCCUGCUGGAAUUUUCCAUCGCCUUGUAGCUACAUGCAUGCAGAUUCCCUGGAAGAUCCUUACAGAGAGAAACAGACCAUGCAUUUACCAGACCGCAGCUAUUUUCACAGUUCAGGGUCACAACGUUCUUCUUGGAAUGACUCCAAAUGAAAUUCAGCUGCAAGUGUUUGUUAUUGAAGGAGAAGUUGAGCUAUCAACAUGCCACGAAGUGAAGAAAAAGAUUGACAGUUUACUAAGUAUUCUAUCCACAACAUUCCAAACAGACUUUAAGUUCAUGUUUGGAUUCAAAUGCAAAGCUGUGGGAUUUUGCGACAACCAAGAAAGCUCUGUAAUUGAUGAAGCAGAAUUUAGUCAACCAUCUUUUCUGUGUCCUUCCUGUCCAAUAGAAAGCAAGCAUAUCAUCAAAGCAAAUGAUAUCACAAUGUUUUGGAUAGAGCCAAAAACAAAGACUUCAGUCUCUGCAGUGGCUUCUGGACAAGAUCUCGGAGGCCGAUCUAGAUUUGCCAAACUUGGAAUGGCAUCAAACGAUGUGUUAAAUCAGGCAUAUAGAGAUAUACUAGAGAUGGAGGUCCCCCCUUCCGUUAUUUACAACAAGGUGAAAGCAUCAUCAAUUUAUAAAAGAUUUCGCCCCGAGCAAGAACAUCUUUUACAAAAUGCUCAACUAUUAGGGUAUAAGAAUUUUGAUAUCUCAUUAACAUACACAUUGGUAAGACGCAUUUGUAAAAAGAUUCCUAAACAGACAAAAGGAAAAUGGGGAGAAGAACCUGCAGCAGGAGAAGUGACCGUGGGUGAUGAUAUCGAGAGAAUUAGAUCAAUCCGAAACGGUUUGACUGCACACGUUAGCUCAGCUUCAACCCCUCAGACAGAAUUCGAUGACACCUGGUUAAUGAUGUCAGAUAUCUGCAAAAGGCUUGAAACCUUCACUGGAAAGAAGUACUUGGAUAAAUUUAAAUACAUCCAAAAACUGACACUGAAAGAGGAAGAUGAAGAUGAUAUUAUAGAAAAGG